AUGGAGCUGCAUAAGCGCUCCAAGCACGACCAUGGCGGCGGCGCGCUGCUGCUCAACCCCCUCGCCGCGCCGCACGCCAAGGCGGCGCGCGCCGCCGCCCGCGGGCACCACGCCGCGCGCGGCGCCGCCCCCGGUCGGCACCCAAAGUUCGCGGGGGCGGAGUACCGGGAAGUGCUGCAGCAGUGCGCAGAUGCUGCCGAGGCGGACGCUGUGUUUGGCAUGGUAUCUCUGGGGAAAGACGCCGCAGGCUGGCAG